AUGGCAACACGGGACCAAUUGCUAGCUACAGCCUUGGAAUUCGUGGAAAGAAUUGAUAAGGGCGAGUCGAAAAGUAUCAUCGAUAUUCGCGGUGAGAAUUGUCAACACGAAGUCGGUCCCCCUUGCAUGGGGGUGGCAGAGCCCAUGUCAAAUGAACAGUACAAAUCCUGGUGGGAGGAGUUCGUCCCCAAGAUAUGGCCCAACGGGAUGCGGUUCUACUUGGACUCGACACGCGCUCCCGUUAUCGAUGAGAGAAGCCGACACGUGGUCUUGUACUGCAAAAGUAGAGCAUCGUCGUACAAGGGAGAAUAUGAGGGAAGAUACAUUAUGAACCUCACCAUCAGCGAAGACGGGAAAAAGGUGGACGACAUCGUCGAAUUUCUCGACAGCAAAACGGCAUUGGAUUAUUCUGUGAAAGCCCUCCAGACAGCAUAA